AUGCAAAUGGGAGCUCAACACAAGCUCGACCUCACCUCUGACACCACCCAUCUCAUCGUUGGUAGCACUGAUACUCUGAAAUACCAAUAUGUCGCCAGGGAGAGAGAGGAUAUCAUGGUAUUAUGCCCAGAAUGGGUUGAAGCUGUCCGGGAAUAUUGGAUGAAUGAUCUACCUUUGGACCUUGAUGCUCUCACUCGUCAAUAUCGUAUGCCUACUCUGGCCGGGUCGAAAAUAUGCAUUACCGGUUUCGAGGACAUAUCCUUCCGCGCGCAGUUGCAAAGAAAUGUUGUCGAGAAUGGUGGAGAAUACACUGGGGACUUGACCAAGGAUGUGACCCAUCUUAUUGCUGCGAAGCCUGAGGGGAAGAAGUAUGAAUACGGGAUGCAGUGGCAGAAAAAGGUGGUGAGUCUGAAGUGGUACAAAGAUAGUCUCGAACGAGGCAUGCAACUAGACGAAAGACUGUAUCAUCCCACCAUCCCUGUUGGCGAGCAAGGAUUUGGGGCCUGGAAUCGACGAGCUCAACACUCACCACAUCUGGGCAAAAGAGCCCGUGGGGAUACUGUCGCUCCCGAACCAUCUCGAAAACUUCGACGAACUGCAAGUGCGAAGCUUGGAGGCCAGAACCAAGACCUGUGGACCGACAUCGUAGCAGGUGCCGGAUUCGAGGCGAAACCGGCAGAGCGUCCGCAGCUGAAGCCAUCUGUUUCUAUGCCCACAAUUAAACGAGGCGCCAACCUUGUGAAAGCUUCUAGCACCGAGGAUCCUAGAUCGCUCAACGACAGUGUUCCCUCUGAGGCAUCCCAUGUCAUCCCUGGUUUCCUUUCGGGUCGAAGUUUCAUAGUGAAAGCCUUUGACGGUAAGAAGGAGGGACUUCUCCGCAAGAUUUUAGUCGAGAACGGAGCGUUGAUUGCGGACGAAGAAAACGAUCAGAACGCGACUCUCGCAGCCAACACUUUUUUGUUACUGCCACAUGAUUUAGGCAAGAACAGGUCGAUAGCUCCGGAACUUUCGCAGAAUAACCACCAAGCCGUGUCUGAACUCUGGUUAGAGCGAUGUAUGCUCCAGAAGUCAUUCAUACCACCGCACACCUACCCAUUGGGAUUGUUGGUCAAAGGUCCAUGCUUGAACGGGUUCUCCGAACUCACGGUCAAUGCUACUGGAUUUAAUGCCCUUGAGACACUUCACAUUUCCAAGAUGAUCGCCAUGCUCGGUGGCAGAUAUCUUGAGGUUUUCACCUCUGCUGUUGCUGUGCUCGUCUGCAAGAAUGGUAAAAUCAAUGAGGCAAAGCUCGACCUGGCGCAUCACAGUGGUAUACCUUGCGUAUCAGAAGAGUGGCUUUGGUCCACGAUCAAGAAUGGCAGCAAAGCACAACUUGAAAGAUAUCUCAUCCAGCAGGAUUCAGCGAAUGCUACCAGUCCUAAUCGCAAGCGGCGUGCACCCAAAGAAUAUGUCGAAGUGAGCACAAUACCCAUAAGACCUGAGUCUCGCGAUCAGCGAAGUCGUGAGCUGAGCAGAGCUAGCCGAAACGGGACGAAAAGUAUAAGAAACGGGCCAACACCAGCGGUUGAGGUGCAUGAGGAGGUAAUGGAUGAUGUGCCACAACAAGCUCAUGAACAGUCAUUUGAUCCUAGUCGAGCUGGUGAUUCGCCAGAGGAUAGUGGCACUGAAGCCGGCUCAUGUGUCCAAGAGGCUCUCCCACUACAGGAAUUGUCUAACUCGUCAGGAAGAAUCGGCGGAGCAUUGCAGGCCAAAAAAGCAUCGAUUUUAUCACUUGAUGGAAACUGCAGCAUGCAAGAGUCCAAAUGUGAAGAGACCACAGACGGCGCUGCACUAGGCGGUGCCGAGGACGUUUCCAAGGUGACGAACAUCCACGCUAUCAAUGGUGCUAUCAGAGAAAUUCUUGAGCAUCAGACGAAGAAGAAUCCUAAAAUGGGGUCCAUUAAGAGUUCGAAUGGCGAGCCCAACCAAAAAGGCAGACUGAUCGGGCGUGCUCUCAGCAACUUGUCCAACUCAUCGGUAACGUCCAAUAUAAGGAAUUCUAGAGCGAGCUCGGUGGAUAGCAUCAACACUGAGGGGGUUGGCAGCGACCUGGUCAACACACAUACGGCCCACUCGACUGGCGAGACAACAUCAGAACGAGGAAAUUUCAGCUUUACCGGACGAGCAAAGUGUACAUUGACUGGGUCCAAAGUCCAGUGCAUGGGAAUAGAUGAUUUUGACCUACUUCGAGGCGAUCACCAUGGAGACGAGGCACCGCCGAUGACUCAGCUGGGCUACGAAGACCCGGAAGAAGCGAUUUUGUUGCGACAGAAAUUGGCGGAGUCCAGGCGAAAGAGAUCAAAGGCCGGAAACGAUGAGGACGAGCCCAACCCAGUGGCAGCACGACCAAAAAUGGAACGCAAACUUCGGGACGAUGUUCUUAUUACGAGCGCUGGCUGGGGUGCGGGAAGGCGCACCAGACAAAAACAGAGAAGUCCUCAGGGUUGA